CGUCUGAUGACGUGGCUGCGGCCGAUUGGCUGCCCGCGGUCACGUGUGAGCGCGGUUCUGAAGAGCGGCCAUAUUAGUCCAGUCCAUUCUUUCACGCGGCUGCACUCAAGAGUAACACACUCCUUCCUCUCAGAGUAACACACACUCUUUACUCUGCGGUUCACUGCGGUAUUGAUGUAGGACGCUCCGGUGGAGUUACUCUCUGUUCGCCGUUUCUGUACUUCAUCAGCGGGAAGAUGGCGAGCGCGGCGCGGACCCCGGCCGGCCAGCAGACGCUGCCCCGCGGCGGCGGCGGCUCCCCUCUGAGUCCCGCGCGGAUCUCCCGCCUGCAGGAGAAGCAGGACCUGCAGCAGCUGAACGACCGGCUGGCCGCUUACAUCGAGGCGGUACGCCGGCUGGAGUCGGAGAACAGCGUGCUGCAGCUGCAGGUCAGCGAGCGCGAGGAGACGCGCAGCCGCGAGGUCACCGGCCUCAAAGCGCUCUACGAGACCGAGCUGGCGGACGCGCGCACGGCGCUGGACGAGACGGCGCGGGAGCGCGCACGCCUGCAGCUCGAGCUGGGCAAGAUAAAGAGCGAGCACGAGCAGCUGCUGGACACGUGUGAGAAGAAGGACUCGGAGCUGGUCAGCGCUCAGGCCCGUCUCAGAGAAGCUGAAGCCCUGCUGAACUCCAGAGAGGCGUCUCUGAACACGGCCGUGUCUGAGAGGAAGGCUCUGGAGAGCAGCGUGACAGACCUGCAGCUCCGCCUCCAGGAGCUGGAGGCAGGUCUGAGUUCAGCUAAGAAGCAGCUGUCAGACGAGACUCUUCUUCGUGUGGAUCUGGAGAACCGCUGCCAGAGUCUCGUGGAGGAGCUGGACUUCAGGAAGAACAUGUUUGAGGAGGAGGUGAAGGACACACGCCGCAGGCUGGAGACUCGGCUGGUGGAGGUGGACUCGGGCCGGCAGAUGGAGUACGAGUUCAAGCUGGCCGCGGCGCUGGCUGACAUGAGACAGGAGCACGACGAGCAGGUCCGGCUCUACAAGGACGAGAUGGAGCAGACCUACACGGCCAAGCUGGAGAACGUGCGUCUGUCGUCGGAGAUGAACAGCUCUUCGGCGAGCAUGGCCCGUGAGGAGCUGCGCGAGUCGUCUCUGAGGGUGGAGAGUCUGGGCUCUCAGCUGGCCAGUCUGCAGAAAGAGGCGCGUGCGUGGCAGGAUCAGAUCAGCGAGCUGGAAGCGGCUCUGAGUCGUGAGAAGGAUCUGAGUCGCAGGUUACUGGCCGAGAAAGAGCGGGAGAUCGCUGAGAUCCGAGCCAAGAUGCAGCAGCAGCUGGACGAGUACGAACAACUGCUGGACGUGAAGCUGGCUCUGGACAUGGAGAUCAACGCCUACCGGAAGCUGCUGGAGGGCGAGGAGGAGAGGCUGAAGCUGUCUCCCAGCCCCUCGGCUCGAGUGACUGUGUCCCGGGCCUCGUCCAGCCGCAGCGUCCGCACGGCCCGAGGGAAGAGGAAGCGUCUGGACGUGGAGGAGUCCGAGGCCAGCAGCAGCGUCAGCAUCGCUCACUCCGCCUCUGCCACCGGAAACGUCUGCAUCGACGAGCUGGACGUGGACGGAAACUUCAUCCGCCUGCACAACAACUCAGAUCAGGAUCAGCCCAUGGCAGGAUUUCAGCUCACCAGAACUAUCGGAGAUGUUUCCUCUACGUAUAAAUUCACUGCCAAAUACGUCCUGAAGGCGGAGCAGAAAGUGACGAUCUGGGCGUCUAACGCGGGCGUGAGCUCCAACCCUCCGACGGACCUGAUCUGGAAGAACCAGAGCUCCUGGGGAAGUGGAGAGAACAUUAAAGUACUCCUGCUGAGUCCAGACGGAGAGGAAGUAGCUGUGAGGAGCACCGUAUUCAAGACUGUGGAGGAGGAAGAGGAGGAGGAAGAACAGGAAGCUGACGUCAUUGAGGAGCAUUUCUUUCAGCAGCAGGGAGAUCCUCAGGCGUCUAAGAGGGGUUGUGCGAUCAUGUGAUCAACACUACAGCCAAUCAGCUGCCAGCCGAACCACAUUGUGGUCUGUUUCCUGAGUGAAUCUUUUUUUUUUUGGUUUUGAAUUAUGCUUUUUAAAGUCUUUUUCACUUCUUCAGUUUGUUUCAGAUUUUGUGAAUUGAACAAACCAAAUGUUUUCUUUUGGUCUGUGAGCUGUAACUGUGAGGACCUUUUCUAGACUCAUCCGCGUCAGAUUCUGUGACUAAUGUGUGUUUUUGGUUUUGAAAUCAUGUUUAUAUUUUAUAAGAUGGCAUUUUAGGUCACUUUUAUAGACAGAGUUUUUAUAACGGCUCCUAGUUUUUAGUGAGGUUCUCUGCAUGCUAGUUAGUGUUGAAGUGUUGUAUUUAAAGCAGCUGUUCACUACGUGACCCGGCGGACGCCGAGGAAGCCAUUAAACCUCAAGAAUCAGUACUGUAUGUUUUUUACAGAUCGUCAGAGCUGAAAUGUUAUUUUUUACUGCUGUGGUCUGUACUAUCUAACACUAGCCUUACGCGUACGCGCUGGUUUUUAACCUGUUUUCUGAAGAAUAUUCACACGCAUGCUUUAUUUUGCUGCAGCCUUUAUACUUCAAAUGAUCUGAUAAUAAAGUGUUGACUGGAA